UCUCUUCCUCCUAUAUUCUUGUUGAUUAUUACAGAAAACCGCAGCAGCCAAGACCGUGGUUUGUGUUCUUUUAUUCCGGAAAUAUAUAUAAAGCAGAUAGAAAAAGAGAUCGAAGAAUGGAGGGAAUGAUGAGUUUCAGGAUUAGCAGCAGCAAUAAUACUGAAACUAUGAAAGGGAAGAAGGAUGAGCUUUAUCAUGUUAUUCACAAGGUGCCUUCUGGUGAUACUCCUUAUGUUAGAGCCAAGCAUGCUCAGCUUAUCGAAAAGGAUCCAGAGGGUGCUAUAGUGUUAUUCUGGAAGGCAAUAAACGCAGGAGAUAGAGUAGACAGUGCCCUAAAGGACAUGGCUGUGGUGAUGAAGCAGCUAGACAGAACUGAAGAAGCCAUUGAAGCUAUCAAGUCCUUCAGAGGCCUUUGCUCUAAACAAGCACAAGACUCGCUUGAUAAUGUUCUCAUCGACUUAUACAAGAAAUGUGGGAAGAUUGAGGAGCAGAUUGACUUGCUUAAGAGGAAGCUGAGGUUGAUAUACCAAGGAGCAGCCUUCAAUGGCAGACCGACCAAAACUGCACGCUCCCAUGGAAAGAAGUUCCAGGUGUCUGUUAAGCAAGAAACCUCCAGAUUAUUGGGAAAUUUGGGAUGGGCAUACAUGCAGAAAGGAAACUAUAUGAUGGCUGAGGUAGUGUAUCGAAAAGCUCAGAUGAUCGAUCCUGACUCCAAUAAGGCAUGCAACUUGGGGCUCUGCCUGAUCAAACAAGGCCGCUAUGAAGACGCUCAAUUAGUUCUUGAGGAUGUAUUGCAAAGUCGACUACCGGGUGCCGAUGAGACUAAGUCGAGAAGAAGGGCACAUGAACUGCUGAUGGAGUUGAGGCCCAUACAUGAUGAUCUACCUGAGUCGCUGGACUUACUGGGGAUAGAUGAUGAUUUUGUCAAGGGACUUGAGCACUUGAUGAAUGAAUGGGGUCCUGUUAGAUCUAAGAGGCUUCCCAUCUUCGAAGAAAUCUCUCAAUUUAGAGAUCAGAUGGCAUGUUAAUAACGGUCUUUUCUUUAGUUAUUUUUGAAGAAUUUUUUCUCUUUUGUGUUUCUCUUCUUGACAGGUUCGAUGAUGUCUAGGAAAAUUAGAGUAUGUCGUCACUAAGUCGCUUGUACAUAAUGAUUGUGGAGGGAAGAACAGAUAAGUGAUAAAAUUGUGAUCGAGGUGGGAUCGAACAUUAUUGGUUCCAUUUGGUUUGAGA